AUGGGCAGUCCAAGUUGGACCAUUCAAGUGCUCGAGGAUAUGUUGAGAGUUUGCAUUAUUGACUUUGAUAGUCAUUGGGAUCAGUACUUGCCAUUGGUAGAGUUUCUAUAUAACAACAGUUAUCACUCGAGUACCAACAUGGCUCCUUUUGAGCCUUGGUAUGGUAGAAGAAGUAGAUCUCUGAUUGGUUCGUUUGAUGCAUAUGAGGCACAUGGUUUUUUCCAUUCUACAAGGGGAGUCAAGCAAGGGGAUCCACUUUCUCCUGCUCUUCUCAUUAUUGCUGCAGAGGAUGAUACAAUCAUCUUUUCUUCAGCAGAUAACCAGUCAUUACAGAUGAUCAUGAAUACUCUACAGGAAUAUGAGAAGGUAUCUGGACAGCUGAUAAACAAGAGCAAAAGUUCCUUUUAUAUGUUCAGCAAAGUAUCACAUGAGGUUAGUCAGCAGGUUGCAAUUGUUACAGGAUUUGUGAGAGGACAAUUUCCUUUUACAUAUCUUGGAGUACCAAUUACUCAUGCCAGAAAAAGGAAAGUGGAUUAUACUGAAUUAUUGAAGAAAGUCAAAGACAGGUUCUUUUGGAAUAAUAAAGAGGAAGGUAGAUGCAGACACUGGGCAGCUUGGCUUAACAUGUGUAUUCCCAAACAUGAAGGUGGGUUGGGAUUCAGAUCUAUUCAUGACACAUCCAAAGCUUUAUGUGCUAAACUAUGGUGGAAUUUUAGAACCACUAGUUCACUAUGGGCCAAUUUCAUGUGGAAUAAGUACUGCAAAAAACAAAUUCCUCAGCUGGUUCAAUGGAAGGGAGGGUCACAAGUCUGGAAGAAGAUGUUAGAAGCAAGGGAAAGUAUAGAACAGGAAAUCUGGUGGGAGCCAAAGAGUGGAAGUUCAAACAUUUGGUUUGACAAUUGGACUAAGCUAGGUACUCUUAGUUAUGUGGUUCCCCAGUCCUGGCACAUCAAUGAGCAUGCUGAAGAUGUUUCUGAACUUAUGACAUAUGGAAGAUGGAAUGUCAACAAACUCAUGCAGAUGUUUCCUAAAGAUAUUGUGCAGCAUAUAUUACAGGAAAUUGACAUUAAAUGUGCAUCAAAUGAAUGGGAUAGACCUUGGUGGAUGAUAACAAGCACAGGUAAGUUUACAAUAGAGAUAAUAAACCAUCUAUUUCUGUGUGGAGAUUUGGCUGCAAAGGUAUGGAGAUACUUCAAUAUGGGGGCUGGAUUGAGCUUGAAUUAUGUUCAGGUUAAACAUGCUAUAAGAAGUUGGUGGGAAGCAAAAUGCCAUUUCAAAAUAAAGACAAUAUACAAAGCAGUGCCUGCUUUUAUUGUAUGGCAAAUAUGGAAAUGGAGAAACAAUAGGCUUCAUGGUGGUAUUAUGAAUCUGAAUAGAGUGCUAUAUGACAUAAAUAUGAACAUUCAUAUGUUAUGUAAAGUUCAGUUUCCUGGGAUGAAUAUUCCAACUAUAUGGCAUCAGAUUGUUCAGUUCUUUGAAGAAUAUAAGCCUACUGUUAUAUACAAAAUUAUUACAUGGAGGAGACCUGCAUAUGGAGUUUAUAAGUGUAAUACUGAUGGGGCUGCUAAAGGAAAUCCAGGUCCAAGUUCUGCUGCCUUUUGUAUAAGAAAAGAAGAGGGAGAUUUAGUGUAUGCAGCUUCUAAAAUGUUGACAGAUGGAACAAAUAUUGUGGCUGGGGCUGAAGCUAUUAGAAUGGGACUGAGCCACUGUGUAGAAAAGCAGCUUUUUCCAUUGAUCAUAGAGACUGAUUGCAUGACCAUGAAGAUGAUCUUAAAUGCUGAAUGA